AUGGCCUCCCUCAGGAUCUCCGAGCCGCUGAGUGUCGAGGACAUUGUUCAGCAGGCUGGCAACUUUGACUACAACCAAAUGGUCCCGCUCCGCUACUGGUUGCGCAGCGCCGACACCAUCCAGAAAGAGGCCCGAAUCUAUGAACGCGAAGGCAACGACCAACAAGCCUACCUCCUCCUCUUCCGGCAUGCCAUGCUCAUCCUGGAGAAGCUCCAGAAACAUCCGGAAGCCAAAGACCCCGCCAACAAGCAAGCUUUGCAGGAGGCCAGGAAGAUCGUCGAGCGGAAUCUGCCCAAGCUGGAGGAGCUGAGGCCGAGGAUAAAGAAACGGCACCAGAGGUUCCAGGAGAUCAAGAGAGAUGCCGAGAAGAAGAGGGGCGCCGUCCAGAGACAAACAGUAGCUAGCCCUACGCAGCUGGCCCGCGACUUCGACAACCUCGUCCUGCACUCGAGAAAAUCAUCAGACCCUUCUUUGUUUGGGGGGAAGCAGGCGCUCGAUGCGGGCGAGAACCGCGACCUCGCUGUCAAAAUCGCGCAGAAGGAAAUUCGCCGGAGAGACUUGGCCAAAAGGAAGGUCCGCCAGGCCGGCGUGUCUGACGAGGAGGAGGCAGAGCGCCGGACAGGCGGCAUGUGGAACAACUGGGAGGACGAUCUGGCCAGCGAUGGGGCAAAGGAAGAGCCCGACGAUCUCAGUCAAUUGAUCACCCAAGUUGGUCGCCGUGGACAAGAGGCAGUCGCACGGCGAAGAGGCUCUGUUGACCCGGAGCUCCCGUCGUCGCGUGCCGCUGCAUACCAGUAUCCUCAUGUGCCACAGAAGAGCAACUACGAGCCCUACGCCGAAUCAGGUAUGAGGCCGUUGACGCCGACGUCUGAGCGCGCUCCACCACUGCCUGAUAAAUACCCUCUGCGCUCUCCCGUGUCGCCUCCAAGCAUUCCACGCAAGAUUGCGAUAGAUCGGGAAGGCAUUGCGCCUCCGCCAUUGCCAGGGAAGCAUCUGGACUCCGACGUGUCCAACGCGCCAUCUCGUUCUGCCUCGGCGACUCCACCCCCGCAUCAAGAACUGGACUCAGGAGACUACACUUUCAAGCCGACGGCCUUUCUUGAGAACGGCACACCUCUGCGGACAGUCUUCAUCCCUCCAACGCUCCGCACCGAGUUUUUACACAGGGCGUCAUCGAACACCAGGCAGAACCUGGAAACAUGCGGCAUUCUUUGCGGCACCCUCAUCUCAAAUGCACUCUUCAUUUCGAGGCUUCUCAUCCCAGACCAGGAAAGCACAUCAGAUACGUGCGAGACGAUCAACGAAUCGGCCAUAUUCGACUACUGCGACUCGGAGGACCUCAUGGUCCUCGGUUGGAUACACACGCAUCCUUCUCAGACUUGUUUCAUGAGCAGCAGAGACCUGCACACCCAUUGCGGCUACCAGGUCAUGCUACCCGAAAGCAUAGCUAUCGUCUGUGCGCCUAGUAAAGAUCCGUCAUGGGGCGUAUUCCGCCUUACGGACCCGCCGGGCUUGAAGGCAAUCCUGAGUUGCAAUGCACCGGGCAUCUUCCAUCCUCAUGCGGUAACGAACAUUUACACCGACGCCAAACGGCCUGGCCAUGUGUUUGAAGCGCCAGGGCUGGACUUCCAGGUGGUGGACUUGAGGCCGGGGCAUUGA